AUGGCGAUGAUUAAUUAUUUAAAGAGAACAGUCAAUAAACUAUUCACACGCCAUUUAUUAUUGACUAAUACGGCUAUUGCUGUCGGCUUUAUGGGGGCCGGCGAUGCCAUUCAGCAAGUUUUGGAGAAAAAGUUGGGAGAAGAAAAACCUUUCGAUAAGACGAGAACCAGAAAUAUGAUGGGUGGUGGCUUGGUUUUUGGGCCAUUAGGUCAUCUAUGGUAUUCGUUUUUAGAUCGCAGAUUUCCAGGAGCAAAGACAUCGACCGUUGCCAAAAAAUUGGGUUGCGAAAUGGCAAUAGGACCACCUUUGAUUCUAGUUAUUUUCCUUUCUGUUGGAUUGUUGGAAGGAAAACCACCAAAAAAAAGUUUUAAUGAAUUCAAAGAUAAUAUUAUCACAAUAUGUUUUGUAAGUUUUAAUUAA